AUGGGUUGCAUUUCAGCUACUGCGCGUAUAAACCAGCAGCACCAUGUCGCGAUCGAUCGGCAGUCAUCUUCCUCGCUGCAGCUCGAUCCAGUCCUCGUGCAGGCCAUGGCGUCCUUGCUCCCAAUUCUGUUGCUCACCGCCUUCCUGCCGGCUAGACCUGCGCUCUGCUAUGUCGGUAUAGGUGCAACGCUACAGAAAAAUGCCACGAAAUCUUCAGCUUCAGGUCGUGGAAGUGGAACCUACAUCGUGCUCGUCGAACCGCCGCCGCACGGCCAUGGCGAUGGCGAGGACGACCUCCACCGGUGGCACGAAUCUUUCUUGCCGUUGAGUCACCUCUCCGGCUCCGGCGACGACCGACGCCUCGUACACUCCUACAGCGAGGUGUUCAGCGGUUUCGCGGCGAGGCUCACCGACGAGGAGCUCGACGCGGUGUCCAAGAAGCCUGGGUUCGUGCGCGCGUUCCGGGACCGGACGCUGCAGCUGAUGACGACGCACACGCCGGAGUUCCUCGGCCUGAGGAGGGGCGCCGGGUUCUGGAGGGACGCCGGCUACGGGAAGGGGGUCGUCGUCGGGGUUCUCGACACCGGCAUCCACGCGUCGCACCCUUCCUUCGACGACCACGGCGUGCCGCCGCCGCCGGCGAGGUGGAAGGGUUCAUGCAGAAGCUCCGCCGCCCGGUGCAACAACAAGCUCGUCGGCGCCAAGUCGCUUGUCGGCGACAAUGACACCAGCGAUGGCGUGGGGCACGGCACGCACACCUCGUCCACGGCCGCCGGAAACUUCGUCGACGGCGCCGCGAUGGACGGUCUCGGCGCGGGCACCGCCGCCGGGAUCGCUCCUGGUGCGCACAUCGCCAUGUACAAAGUGUGCACCGACGAGGGGUGCAGCGGGGCGGCCUUGCUGGCCGGACAAGAUGAGGCGAUCAAGGAUGGCGUCGACGUGCUCUCCCUCUCCCUCGGCGCCAACCAGGUUUUCCAAUACGAUGAGGACCCGAUCGCCAUCGGUGCAUUCAGCGCAGUGGCCAAGGGCAUCGUCGUGGUGUGCGCCGCCGGCAACAAUGGCCCGGGGACGGCGACGCUUAGCAACGAAGCGCCGUGGUUGCUCACGGUGACCGCCGGCUCAGUCGACCGGCAGUUCUCGGCCGUCACCAGGCUCGGCUCCGGAAAGCUCAUCGACGGCGAGGGGCUUAAUCAGACGACGAGGAAUUCAAGCAGCAAGUCGUAUCCUCUGUUCUACUCAGAGGACCAGCGCGUCUGCUACCUCGUGGGCAACGGCAGCAUCAACGGCAAGAUCGUGCUUUGCCAAUUGACCUCGGGCUAUCCGGCCGAGGCCCUCGUCGGUAACAUGAAGGGCGCCGGCGCCGCCGGCGUGGUGCUGAUCAACAGCGACAUCGACGGCUACACGACCGUUCUCGAGGAUUUCAGCUCCGGCGUGGUGCAGGUGUCCGUGGCCGACGGCGACAGCAUCGCGGAGUACGCGGCGUCGGGAAAGGCCGUGGCGACCAUCACGUUCAACAACACGUUGCUCGGCGUUCGUCCCGCUCCCACCGUCACGUCGUUCUCGUCCCGGGGGCCGAGCGUCCUCAACCCCGGCAUCCUCAAGCCGGACAUUCUGGCGCCAGGUCUCAACAUCCUCGCCGCGUGGCCAUCUCCGGUCGGCGUCGGUGCCGCGUCUUUCAACGUCUUAUCCGGCACGUCCAUGGCGACGCCGCACGUCAGCGGCGUGGCGGCGCUUGUCAAGAGCGCGCACCCGGACUGGUCGCCGGCCGCCAUCAAGUCGGCCAUCAUGACGACGUCCGACGCGGUGGACAGCACCGGCGGGCCAAUCCUGGACGAGCAGCACUCCAGGGCCGGAGCGUUCUCCACCGGCGCCGGCCACGUGAACCCGACGAGGGCCGCCGACCCGGGCCUGGUCUACGACCUCGGCGUCACCGACUACGCCGGCUACAUCUGCGCGCUCCUAGGCGACCACGCCCUGGCGAUCAUCGUGCGCAACGCGAGCUUGAGCUGCAAGGAUCUUCCCAAGGUGCCGGAGAUGCAGCUGAACUACCCGACGAUCACGGUGUCGUUGGAGGGGAAGCCGUCGACGGUGAACCGGACGGUGACGAACGUGGGGCCGGCGAGGUCGAAGUACACGGCGAACGUGACGAUGCCCGCCGGGUCGUCGGUGACGGUGCGCGUCUCCCCGGAGAAGCUGGUGUUCUCCAAGGCCGGGGAGAAGAAGACGUUCAGCGUGACGGCGAGCGGGAGGAUGAGCGGGCAGCAGCAACUGGUGGAGGAAGGGAGCCUGAGCUGGGUGUCGAGGAAGCACGUCGUGCGGAGCCCGGUGGUGGUCACCGCCGGUGCUUCCAUUCCGCCGCCGGGUCCCGGUGGGAGUCGCCGCAGCGACGACUGA